GAGUUCAGGGCUCUGUGGGCGCUGGUCGUGGCACUGGCCUGGUACAGCACGUACUCCAUAUCCAACUCGACGUGGCGCCGCUACCAGGACAACCCCACCGUCAUCGCCCUGGAGCGGGACUACAUGUCGUGGAACACAACCUUCCCGUCCCUCACCCUCUGCCCGAACCCGGAGGGCCGGCGCGACCCAGCGCGCGUGGCGGCCGCGGUGCAGCGGCUGGCCCGCGAAUUCCGUGUCAAGAAUGAAACUUCCCUCCGCGUGUUCGUCGAGCGUCUGGCGGAGGCGACGCUGUACACCCUCUCGGACAUACCCGCCUCGCACGGAAUACCCGGUGACAGGUUCCUGGGAAUCAUCGAGGAGGUGAGAACGAUACUCCCCCGGCGUAUCCGUCUAUGGUCUGCCGCGGCCUACGUCCCUGUUUGUAGCUGCACGAUUUUAGCUACAGCACGAUUUUAG